CAAUAGCUCAAUUCGAUUCUCUCCUCUUUCAUUUACAACCCCUUCCAACAACAAGGCGUACGUAGGAAUAGUUGUUGCGAUGUUUUGGUUGUGUUCUGUUGUAUUAUUGUUAUUUUAUGUUAGGUGUCCAGGAAAAAGGCGCUUUGUUCGAGCUGCAGGUUUUGUGAAAGCGCUGUAUCCAUAAAGAGGUAUUGUAUUUUUUGUUGGAUGUAUGUGAUAUCGGUAUAAUCAACAGUUUCCAUAGGUCAGAAGAGCGUGAAGUCACGUGAUCUUGUGAUUCCCAUCCAACGGGUCUGUUCAAAAAGUGCAUUUCUGUGCUUGCAGCAGCGCCUGGGAGCGUUAAAGAGAUAACGAAAUAGAAAACAGCAAAACAAACGCGAGCGCGAGAGACGGAGAGAUAUGAGAAGCAUGCGGAAAAUGGGUGCAGCCUUGCACACACAAAAGCCCCCAUUGGCGCUCCACAGCACCCCCAUCUCGCCCUCUUCCAGGCGGCCCCCUCCCGUUCCUCCUCCCCCUCCUCCUCCACCACCACCAGUCGAGGUGCAUUGUGGGGAGGAAAGUCGUUGCCAUUCGACCUCUGCGGGGCCUGCGCGGACUCAGCCAGAACCCUGAAAAUGGCAUUAUGCGCUUGAAAGGGACACUUAUUUCCGCAUAACCGAAACACUCGCACCGGCCGGGGGCCCCGCGACCGAACAACGACGAGCAACGACGGCGGCUGGGAGACAGCGAGGAGACGGAAGGGAAAAGGAACGUUUUGCCGUGGCGGGGGGGAUCCUGGUGAGACAUUUGUCAUAAGCGCAAGAAAAUGUCCGGCGAGAGGAACCGCAGGUCGCUGGCGUUCCGAGGCGGUGGACUAGCCGGGCUAACGGGCUCCGGAGGCGGCGGCGGCGGGGGGAACGGUAACAGCUGGGAGGCCCCGGCCUGCCACGAUCGACAUUUUAACGGCAACCGGCCGGACCAAGACGACGACGGGGACCUGGGGGCGACGGGACCAACGCGGAAGCGACGGGAGGGCGCCGGCUCGGUGAGCGACAGCACGGAGCUCGACGCCGAGGAGGAAGAGGACGCGGAGGGGGCGGCCGGGAGCCGCGGCGGCGACGCCGACUCGGCGGCGAACGGCUACAAGGAAGCGGGCAGCGGAGACUUGGCGGAGUCGGGGAGCGCCGAGGCGGGACCCAGGAAAUGCGGCGUGGAGAUGAGACCGCAGACGCUACUCCAGAAGCACUCGCUCUUCCACGCGUCGUGGCUCCACGAGUUCCCGUGGCUGCGCUUCUGCCAGCAGACGGGGCUCAUGUCGUGCUCGUGGUGCCGCGAAGCCGCCACCCGCAGCAGCGACGAGCUCACCAAGGGCAGCCGCAGCUACAAGCGGGCCCUGCUCCUCCGACAUCACCUGUCCUCCGAGCACGGCAGGAAUGACCCCGGCAAACAGGAAUCGGGAAGACCCCUGGACAACGCCAGCCCGUCCACCAACUCCUCCGAGGACGACUACCGCAACAAGCCCAACGAGAACUCGUACUGCUACCAGCUGCUGCAGGAGCUGGACAAGCAGCGCAAGAGCGGCAUCCUGUGCGACGUCAACAUCGUGGUGUCGGGCCAGGUGUUCCGAGCCCACAAGAACAUCCUGGUGGCGGGCAGCCGCUACUUCAAGACCCUCUACUGCCUGACGCAGAGCGAGGCGCAGGACCGGGCCACCGUCACGCACCUGGACGUGGCCGCCGUGCAGGGUUUCUCGGUCAUCCUGGACUUUCUCUACUCGGGCAACCUGCUGCUCACCAGCCAGAACGCCAUCGAGGUCAUGUCGGUGGCCAGCUACCUGCAGAUGACCGAGGUGGUGCAGUCGUGCCGGGCUUUCAUCAAGGACGCGCUCAACAUCAGCAUCAAGCAGGAGGCGCCCGACUCGGUGGUGGUGGACUACAACAAGCGGCAGACGGUGACCAAGGAAGGCCCGCGGGGCCACGCCGACCGCAAGCCCGGCAACUUCUGGGCCACCAGUAUCCUCUCCAAGCUCUCCAUCCAAGCGAGCGGCAACAGCCAAGGGAAGGAGUCGGCGGCAAAGGAGGACGGCGAGGAAGACGGCGGCGGCGGCGGCGGGAGGGUGAAGGAGGAGUCCAGCGACGUGGAGGUGACGCCGGUCGGGGCCGGUCCCCCCGGCGCUCCCCCGGGGAGCUGGAGCCACCACAACGACAACUCCUCCGACUCGGCCGACAACAACGAGGCCCGCUCGCAGGUUUUCGUCUGGAACGAGCCCGGCGCGGCGGCGGCCAUCAAGCGCGAGGCGCCCGACGCCGCUGCCGGCAGCGGGCGGCGGAAAAAGCAGGCCGCCACGCGGAGGUUCGUCUACAACUUCCCGCCGGAGCCCGAGGAGGGCUUCGACGAGGGCAUGUUCGUCCAGCCGUCCGCCUCCUACCCCCGGGAGGACUUCUCGGCGCUCUCGGAAAACGCCGAGCUGGCCAAUCAGAUCCAGUACAGCAUCAUCCAGCCAGGGGAGUCCUGGGAGAACGGUGAGUCGUCGCUGCUGGCCAUCAACAAGCUAAAGUGUCCGCACUGCAACUACAUCGCCAAACACCGGCGCACCCUCAAGAGGCACCUGGUCAUCCACUCGGGUGUGCGCUCCUUCAGCUGUGACAUCUGCGGCAAGCUUUUCACCCGCCGCGAGCACGUCAAGAGACAUUCCUUGGUGCACAAGAAGGACAAGAAGUACAAGUGCAUGGUGUGCAAGAAGAUCUUCAUGCUCGCGGCCAGCGUGGGCAUCCGGCACGGCUCGCGGCGCUACGGCGUGUGCGUGGACUGUGCCGACUCGCACCAGGCUGGCCAGGAGGGCCUGGAGGGCAUGGAGUUCCCCCGGGACGACGACUUUGAGGGCGACGACGCCGACGACCUGCUGGAGGCCGACAACGAUUCCGCCGAUCACGACCGUGCUGCCUGGGGCCGCCGGGCCCCCGCCGUCGCCGGCCCCGCCGUCGCCACCACCCCUCCGCAGGACAAGGAGUUCUAGCCUCACUUUUUUCUUUUCAUCUUUUUUUUGUUUUUGUUUGUUUGGGUUUAUUUUUCUGUUUUUAAUAUAUGUAAGCUGGUAAACAAUCAACUCCAAAAGUGCUAUCGAAACCUUGAGGUUGCUUAAAUAUGAGAGUUUGACAAAAAGAGAAGGAAAAAAAAAAAGCUUUGGUAGCGUGGGAAGCCCGCCAUGUACAGAUUUAAUUAUUAUUAUUAUUAUUAAUCCUCACCAGAGAAAGAUUAUAUGAAAUAAUCAGGUUGUUGUUGUUUUGGGGGGGGGGAGUAUGUUUCCUUUUAAAUAGGUGGGGAGGGCUAGCUAGACCAAUCAUUGGAGGUAUAAAAAAAAAAAUAUUUAAUUUAAAAGAUUUUAUGGUCUUAUCACAGAUGAUCUAAUUUUUGUCGUUAAUUUUUUUUUUGUUUUCGUUUUUUUUACUUGCUGUGUAGAUGGCGUUUAGUUGCGCUAAAAUAUUCUAUAUUAUUCCGUUUUUCUUUCCUUUUGUUUCUCUGCGCAAAUCUUGGAACCAAAAAAUCUGUUUGGUGACUUUAAUGCUCUGCAGCCAUAUUUAUGAUAUAUUAAAAAAAAAAAGUCACAAAAAACAUAAACUAAAAACGAGGGCUGUGAUGACAUCGUGCCAAACAGACCGCACACCAAGAUGGAGCAGGAAAAACUACUGAAUAUGCUUCAAAGAAAAGACACCUUUCUUGUUUGUUGUUUUUGUUCGUUUGUUUUAGAGUUUUAAGAAAAAAUAUUUAAAAGUAUAAGAAGUGGGGGGGGGCUGUUCUAGCUAGCUUUAUACCAAUCGCCGCGUCACGCUAACACUUUAAAAAAAAAAAAAAAGCAUUUGACCUUCACUUAAAGCUUGAAAUGUUCGGUGUUUUGUUCCUAUUUUUAAUUUUUUUUUGCCAAAUGACGACAUUUGGUGCUGUAAUGCUUUGUCGCAGAAUACUGGACCUACAAAACAAGCGAGGCUUUAAUUCUUAUGAUGUCUGUCGUCACGAAAAGAAAAAAAAAGCUUCGAUUGUUCAACUGAUGCUUCACCUCCUCUCUACAACACUAUAGCCUCUUUCACGCAGAGAUCCCGCCAAAACAGACAAAAAUAACACCCGACAUUUGCCCGCUUUUGCUUUUCACGCUAAACCCAGCGAAAAGCCAAGCUUUAAUUCUGAUGUUUGUUGUCGUAAGAAGCUUCAGGUGACGCGGAGAGAGCGCAAAAUCAUAGCCGUCACCGAAAAUCUGACAGACGUGUAUCUGGUGUUAAACUUCAUCUCAGAAUGUGCAUCCUGGCUUUAAUUUUUAUGAUUUCUUGUCAGUCACAUCAUCCAAACCUUUGCUUCCAACAACACUAGCCUCUUUCGCACAGAGAUGAAAUGGCGGGAGAAGUGAAUAUCGGGAGUUAAACUUCAUACCGGACCGUGGCACCCUCAGUAUACCUUUGCGCACCGAUGGCUUCAUUUCGAAAUACUGGACCUACAGCAUAGCUUUAAUUCUUAGCUUUUCUGUCAGAAUCAAAACCUUUACCUCCAACAACACUAGCCUCUUUCACGCAUAGAUUUUGCAAAAAAAAAAAAAAAGGCGGCAGGAAAAGAGAGCGCCGGGUGUUAAACAUCACACUCAGCUUUGCGCAAGGCCAUCAGAGGCAGAAUACUGGACCGAUAGUAUGGCUUUAAUUCUUAUGAUUUUGCCUCUCUCACACAGGGGAUCUUGCAAAAAUAGGGUCAGAGAAUUAUGGAGUAUUAAACUAAACACCCCUGUGCCGACAUUGCGGAAUACUGGACCUACAGCAUGGCUUUGAUUCUUAUUGUCUGUUAUUAAAAAAAAAAAAAAAAAAAACUUUACCUCUAUCAACACUAGCAACCUCGCCAAAAAAAAAAAAAAUGGGGCGGGAGAAGUGUGUGGAUGUUGACUUUCACACCCCUGUCCCGGCAUCGCGGAAUACCUUUACGCUUCCAUGGCUUUGUCGGUGAAUACUCAAAUCUACAGUGUGACUUUAAUUCUUGUGAUUUCUCAGCGUCAAUACCUUCAUUUCCAACACCACUAGCGCUUUUUCGCAAUCGCAAAAAACAAAUAAAUAAAUACAAACGGGGAAAGAGAAGUUGGGUGUUAAACUUAUCACUAUCCCGGUAUUGUAUAAUAUUGGAUCAAGAGUGUGGCUUUAAUUCUUAUGCUUACCCCAUCAUCCAUACUGUCGCUUCCGACAACUCCGGCCUUUUUCAUGGAGAGUCUUGCUAAACCAGAGUGGGUGUUAAACGUCACACCCUAAUAGCUCAGCACGUUUGGACCACUGGACCUACAAUGUGGCUUUAAUUAUGAUGUCGUCACCGACAACACACGCCUCCGUCACACAGACUUCCUGCAUCUGCCUUUGCCCUGCUUGGCAGGAGUCGAAGUAUGAAACGUCACACCACUGUCGCGACAUUGCUGAAUAUUGGACCAACGGCGCGGCUUUAAUUGUUAUGCUUUAACAUCCUAAAAACAUUUUUUUUAAACUCUUGACAACACUAAGUCCUGCACUGCAAAAUUGGCAUCAGAGCCGUCACAGAAGAGACACUGAUCGAACUACCUUCGGUGCUGAGCAAAAGUUGACGCAACGUCAUGCCAUCCCUUUAUCGGACAUUUUGCUGCCCUAUGAGACAUUUCGGUUUCCGUUACGGAAAACAAUUGCCGGGUCAUGGUGAAAAGAGGCGGAAAAAUGCCGGUGUUAAAAUGGGCUUCUGUAGACUAUCAGGUAAUCGUUUUGCCAUUUUAUUAUUGUUUUUAACACCUGCGCGUUUUGGGGGUGGGGGGGGGGUCUUUCCGUCGAACUACUGGCAGUACUUUUCCGUGUGAAAUACGUGUUACGAGGACCUAAAGCGGAUGUCUUUUUGUUUAUAUUUGGUACCGAAUUAUAAACGCCGUUUAUACAUAUUUGGAAUCACUUGACAGUGACAGCACGUCCUAAGCGUUUUUUUAAAUUUGUGUUUGUUGUUUUGUGGGGGGGGGGGGGUCGUUGUUUAGUUUCCAUUUAAUUUGGUCUGCCAGGUAGUUUAAAAAUAAAAAAAAUUCCACCAGACGAAAGCAAGUGAAGCUCUAUGGCGCCAUCAUAGACAUGCACUUAACUUUUUUUUUUUAAUGAACAUUUAAGUUUCUUCGUUUGUUCAGCCCAAAAAAGCGUGUCUGAAAGGAACUUUCUCCAUUUUUUUGUGUGGUUUAUUUAAAUAUAUAUAUAUUGACUCCAAAAAAAAAAAAAAAAUUCAAUCAAGACUGUUAAUUUCUAUUUUGUCCAACCAAAAUUAUUAUUAUUGUUAUUGUUAAUUCUUCUUUUUAAUGUACGGGAGAAGCCGGGUGUGAGUGCUCACUCCCUUUCUGAUUGUUCCCUCCCAUGACUUCAGCACACAUUUUUUCGAAUAGCGCGUGUCGGGCAGCAGGAGAUAGAGUAUGUAUGUAUGUGUGUGUAUGUGUGUGUCUAUAUAUAUAUAUAUAUAUAUAUAUAUAUAUAUAAUCUCCACACACAUACAGUAUGUGUGUUCAUAUGCAGUUUGUACGGGACACCAUCUUCCUUCUUGUGUCACUUUCAAAAAUCAUUGUGGGUGGGGCCUAUGAUAUAGCCAAUACAUAUAUACAUAUACACACAUAUGUAUACGUGGAGAGUCUAUGAAAUAUGAAGAUAUUUAUAUAUAUAUAGGAAAAAUAUAU